AUGGUCGGGGACUCCAGUAAUGCUGCCCUCCAGUACCCACCUGCGCUUCCCGACAACGUGCCAGAGCAUGUCUUCAACCUCCUCUGUUCGCUACUAACACCUUCCGAGCUCGCUCUCCACUACGACGUCGUCCAGGACUCAGCACCUCCGCAUCUGCCGCCAUUCCCUGCACUUGUGCCGCCCAGUAAUGCCGCGUCACAUAUUCCAAUAGUAGUGCGUCUUGUCCAAAGGUUACAUGCUGCUGUCUACGGUCUGCAAGAUCGCGUCUGGGGCUUAGAAGAAGAUCUCAUUCCGCAGCUCAGCACGCAGCUCGAAGAGAACCACCUCCAGAUCAAAGAACUCGACCGAGAAUACGGGAGCUUACAGGAUGAGAUCACCGAGCUAAAGCGCAUAGCAGAUUUCAGCACCAAAGUUCUGACUGGAUGCUGGGAGCGCGAAUGGGAGGUUUGGCGCACACUCGUCGACAUUCAGAGAAGGCGCGAAACGUAUCGUAGUCCUUUGGCAUGUAUCUUCUCGCGCGCUCCUACUCCCAGUGCUCAAGACGGCGGGCUUUUAGACUUCUGUAAGCCAGAAGGCUAUGUCGCCCCGCCUCUGCCGACUGGAAAAGUAACGCAGGGCUCUCUUAAGAAGAAGGAACUCGAUGCUCUUCUGCUGAUGGCAAAACAGAAUGUUACCAUACUCAUUGAGGAUUUGGGGGAGUUGAAGGGGUUGGCGGAGGCGUAUGACAGGAGAAAUGAGGCAGAGGAGGAGCGGCCUGUUGAAGGGUCGCGGAGGAAUGUUUGA